UAUUUUCAUGAUAAGUCUUAACGAUUAUCUUUAUUUCCAUGAUAAGUCUUAAUGAUUGUCUUUUUUCGCAGGUUCUGAUAAACAGAGAGGUGGCUUCAUAGAGAAGGAAGCCACCAGAAGAGCACGGCAUAGACAACUGCAAAUAAACAAAGACCGUGGCAAGAUGGAAACUAGUCCUAACAGUAGCUCAAUGAAAAUUGGCCCUGAAAUAUGUGACCAAGAAAGGGCCGAUGAUGAUGAUUCAAUUUGGGCUCUUUUAAAACAGGUCACUAUACCGUUUUUUAUUGCUGGUGGAGCAAUGGUUUUAGCUGGAUUAUAUUUUGAUUAUAUUCAGGAGUGGGUGGCAUUUAAAGAAGUUCCAGAAAUAAUUGUCCUGGUUCCUGCUCUUCUUGGCUUGAAAGGAAAUCUUGAAAUGACAUUAGCAGCUCGACUUUCUACUGAAGCAAAUCUAGGCAUGAUGAACAACUCUAAAGAUCAUUUGUCUAUCAUGACUGGAAACAUUGCUUUGGUCCAGUUACAAGCUAUUGUAAUAGCAAUAUUAGCAUGCUCCACUGGAUGUCUUUUGAUUAUAGUAGAAGGAAAUAUGAUAAUUAUUGAGCAUAUAAUUAUGCUCUUUGCAUGUUGUAUUUCAACAGCCUCACUUGCAAGUUUUAUUCUUGCUGUUGUUACUGGCUUUAUAGUAAUUUUUUCAAUCUACUUCAAAGUUAAUCCUGAUAACAUCGCAACACCCAUGGCUGCAAGUCUUGGUGAUAUAACUUCCAUAUUAAUUAUAUCAUUACUUGCUACUGAAUUGUACAAAACAAUAGAUAAUAAUAUCUGGAUUUGCAUUAUCAUAAUUGCUGUUUACAUUAUGAUGUUACCAUUUCUGUUUUGGUUUGCAAGAAGAAAUCCACAUACUUCUAAAGUGGUUUCUUCUGGUUGGGUUCCUGUUAUUUUAGCUAUGUUGAUCAGCACUCUUGGAGGCAUCUCAUUAAAGAAUUUUAUGGAGAGGUACAAAACGUUACCUGCCUUCCAACCAGUGAUGAAUGGUGUGGGAGGAAAUUUAGUAUCUAUUCAAGCUAGUCGUUUGUCUACACUGCUUCAUAUGAAAUCUCAUCUAGGUGAUUUACCAGAGAAUACGGAUAUUGUAAUUUCACCAAUAAAAAUACUAUAUUCUAGAGAUUCUUAUAGUGCAACUUGUAGAGUAUUAAUGGGUUUAGCUGUACCUGGACAGCUGUUGUUUGCUGUUGUAAUAAUGUUGGUACGUCAUAGUUUCAUUGUUUCUACAGGAUCUCUUUUUCUGCUGUUUUAUGUGAUUGCAGCACUGUCUCAGGUUUACAUACUUAUGUACUCAGCAUAUGUUAUGACACACUUUGUUUGGAAAUGGAGUAUAAAUCCUGACACAACAACCAUUCCAUAUUUGACUGCGAUUGGAGAUUUCUUAGGAAUUAUUUUUCUAGGAGCAGCAUACACACUUUUAGACAUGAUGGGCCUAAAAGAACAAUUGUAAAUAAUAUUUCUGAACUAUUGAGUAACUGUGAUCUGCAUUAGUAUUAAUUUAUCUCUUUUUCGUUUAAAUAGGUUUUAUUUUGGCAUGUAAUUCAAUAUAAAUACAUUUUGAAAAUGUAAUUUUUCCAUAAAACUUCAUAUUCUUGGGAAAGAAAAAAUGAAUUACUGAUUUUCAAAAAUGAUUUAUAAUAUUUUAUUUUGGAAAUUAUUAUUUUGAUAAUUAAUGUUCAAGAAAUAUUUCUACUGCCC